GGGCGUGGCCCCGGCGCGGCGGCGUGCGCGCGGUGGAGGGAGCGCGGCGCGCUGGCGGCGGCGACGGCGGCGACGGCGGCGGUUGCUGCGCCCGGUACUGCGGUCGCUGCCUGAGGCGCAGGCGCCGUGGGCUCAGCCCGGGCCGGGCCUGGGCUCGCUGUGGACUCGUCAUGGCGACCGCGGAGAGGCCUUUCCACCUGGUGGUGUUCGGCGCCUCUGGCUUCACCGGCCAGUUCGUGACGGAGGAGGUGGCCCGGGAGCAGGCGGACCCGGCGCGGAGCUCCCGCCUGCCGUGGGCCGUGGCGGGCCGCUCCUGGGAGAAGCUGCAGCGAGUGCUGGAGAGGGCGGCGCUGAAGCUGGGAAGACCAACACUGUCAUCUGAAGUUGGAAUCAUCAUAUGUGAUAUCACUAAUCCAGCCUCACUUGAAGAAAUGGCUAAACAGGCAAAAGUUGUCCUCAAUUGCGUAGGACCAUAUCGAUUUUAUGGAGAACCUGUAAUAAAAGCGUGUAUAGAAAAUGGAACCAGUUGUAUCGACAUCAGUGGAGAACCUCAGUUUCUGGAGCUAAUGCAGUGGAAAUAUCAUGAGAAAGCUGCAGAAAAAGGGGUUUAUAUCAUUGGAAGCAGCGGCUUUGACUCCAUUCCGGCAGAUCUGGGAGUAAUAUAUACCAGAAAUAAAAUGAAUGGUACUUUGACUGCUGUGGAAAGUUUCCUGACUAUACAUUCAGGGCCUGAGGGGUUGAGCAUUCAUGAUGGUACCUGGAAGUCAGCAAUUUAUGGUUUUGGAGAUCAGAAUAGUUUGAAAAAACUACGACAUGCAUCAAAUCUGAAACCUGUCCCAUUUGUUGGUCCAAAAUUGAAGAGAAGGUGGCCAAUUUCUUACUGUCGGGAACUCAAAAGUUACUCCAUUCCUUUUAUGGGAUCUGAUGUGUCUGUUGUAAGAAGGACUCAACGUUACUUGUAUGAAAAUUUAGAGGAAUCACCAGUUCAGUAUGCUGCUUAUGUAGCUGUGGGAGGCAUCACCUCUGUUAUUAAGCUGAUGUUUGCGGGACUUUUCUUCUUAUUCUUUGUGAGGUUUGGAAUUGGAAGGCAACUUCUCAUAAAAUUCCCAUGGUUCUUCUCCUUUGGCCAUUUUUCAAAACAAGGCCCAACACAAAAACAGAUGGAUGCCGCAUCAUUUACGUUGACAUUCUUUGGUCAAGGUUACGGUCAAGGCAUGGGUACUGAUAAGAACAAACCAAAUAUCAAAAUCUGUACUCAGGUGAAAGGACCAGAGGCUGGCUAUGUGGCUACCCCCAUAGCCAUGGUUCAGGCAGCCAUGACUCUUCUAAACGAUGCUUCUGAUCUGCCUAAGGCGGGCGGGGUCUUCACACCUGGAGCAGCUUUCUCCAAAACAAAGUUGAUUGACAGACUCAACAAACAUGGUAUUGAGUUUAGUGUCAUUAGCAGCUCUGAAGUCUAAACAUUUGAAGAAUUAACUGAAGUCAUAAAGUCCACGAAUUAGCAGCUUCUCUAUUUGAUAUUUGAAAUUAUUCUAUAAGCCUCUCUAACUAUAUGUGGAAACGUUUGUCAAAUCUAAAAUAUUAAAAGCAGGAAAUUGUCCUAGCUUACGCUAAAUUUCAAA